AUGACAGAAGCAAAUGGCUCAACGAGUCGAGAGUCCCAAAGGACAACUCAAAAGAUUAAAGACUGGCUGAAUCCAACCGAUUCGGACUCCCCAGCAAGCGAAUUUAGAAAACACCUCCAUUGCCAUGCCCAGGGCACUGGAGAAUGGAUCCUUGAGACAGAUCAGUAUCGUGACUGGAUUGAGUCGAAAUCGGUCGGAAAUCUUUGGAUCAGAGGAAUUCCUGGCUGUGGCAAGUCGGUGGUCGCAGCCAAUCUCACUCGUCGGCUCCAACGCCUUGACGACAACGAACCUGUUUUGUUCUUCUUUUUCAGAGAGAUCAUUCACACGAACCGAUCACCACGGUCGUUAUUGCAAGACUUUUGCUGCAAGCUUCUCGCUUACUCUCCUGAUCUUCGAUCGGUCUUGAAGCAAUUGAGACAGGAUUUCCCGGAGGUGGGAUCCGUUCCUUUCGGCAAGCUUUGGAAAUGUCUGGCAACAUCGCUGCAAUCAAUGAAAAAGGUGUAUUGUGUUGUCGAUGCUCUGGAUGAAAUGGAAAGUGGUCAUGACGAAUGGCUUGAGGAAUUCCUCAAUUUGGGCCGUCAAUAUCCUCAAUCGAUCAAAAUAAUCGUCACUAGUCGCCAGGUCCCAUCUGUGGAGAAACACAUGGGCGGAUCCUCUCUGGUGGAUCUACGUUUGGACCGUCGGAGAGUCGACCGUGAUAUUUCCACGUUUGUCACACAGCGACUGGAGCAAACACAGCUGGGCCUUUCCCCCACUGAAGUUGAGAAGAUUACGAAUGCCAUUUGCGAAAGAGGGAAGGGCCUGUUCCUUUAUAGCAAGCUCAUGCUGGAGGAACUACUGCGGAGUCCCAGAGAUAUGUGCUCGCGAAUUCAUAAUCUUCCUGAAGGCUUAGGCGACAUGUAUACCAAUCUCUUACGCGAACAUGCAACACGUUCGGGCACCUCCGCUGAAUUCCAGAGGCUUGUUCUUGAAUGGGUUACUCACUCAGCACGACCUCUACGGCUCCUUGAGCUUGCAUCAAUGAUCGAAUCAUUGCCCGACCGAGGGGGCCUUGACCUAGAGUGCAAUGUCAAGAAUGCCAUUCGAAAUACUUGUGGACCUUUGCUCGAAGUGUGUGAGGACGGGGUCAUUCAAAUAAUCCAUCACUCACUCACGGAAUUCAUUCUCAAUCGCGAUGUUGAGCAUACUAGAAUGGCCAAUGAAAACCGUGAAAUUGCUGUCGUUGACUCCACUGCUGUUCAUGGAAUGAUCGCUCAAACCUGCCUUCAGUACCUCUCUAAUGGCUGUUUACGGAAAUGGGCAAUCGAGGGUCACAAACCAAACGAAAGAAAAGCACUCUUCUUGCAAUUUUACUUUCUUCGAUAUGCGGUCACGGAAUGGCCAUUCCAUGUAGCUAGAGCGGGUGAUUCCAAUGCAGAGCUUUUGCAGCAGCUUGAGCAGUUCUCUCAAGACGCCAAUCAAACUGGCAAUCAGAACUACGAAGCAUGGAAUAACUUAUGGCGUUCCUGUCAAGGCGACGUUCCCAAACGGUGUUCCAUCCUGCAUGUCACUGCUUAUGCGGGGCUGGUCUCAUACGCCAAGUAUCUCCUUUUCCGAGGACUCAACCCAGACACCAAAGACGAAGAUGGCCGCACGCCGCUGGUAUAUGCAGUCAUGAAAGGCCAACAUGAUAUGGUUGAACUUCUUUUGCAGCACGGUGCUAGCCUUGAUGUCAAGGUUGAUAAGAGUUCUUCUGGCCAAGGGAAAUCUCUUAUCCAUUAUGCAUGCAAAUUAAACCGCAUUUCUGUUCUACAAGCCCUUAUUCAAGGGGGCGCGGAUCCUAUGGUGAAGGAAAUUAGUGAGGGAGAGCUCAAAACAUUCAAUCUUUCAAUGACCUCUAGCGAUUCCCCCUUGUACCAAUAUCCCAAGAAGAUGCUUACAGCGUUUGCCCUUUCCUGUCAGAAUGGGGAGUCUGAGGCGGUCUGUGAGCUUGUGAAACUUGUCGACUCAUCUUGUCUUUGUGAGGGUCAGCCACUUCAUCUGGCCGCAAAGGGGGGGAAACAUGAGAUUGUUUCUGCUCUUCUUAAACACGAACAUGUUCGAGGCACAAUUAAUGAUCGAGACGACGACGGCAACACGCCAAUUUAUCUUGCUGCUCGCAAACGAAACGCUCGAACGGUUCAGGCUUUGCUUGAUCACGGUGCCGACGUCAAUGUCAUGUCUCUGAACCGAAAUUUCCCACCUGAACCUCCCAUGCAAGACGAAAGUAAAGUCAAAGCUGCACCCUCCCCGAGCUACACACCUUUACAUGCAUGGGCCUUGGGUAUUCCACGCGGCCAGCUUGACCCCGUGGGAAAGCAGGACAUGAUAGAGACUCUCGACCUGCUACUCAAUGCAGGUUGUGAUAUCAAUGCCCAGGAUCACAGAGGACGUACUGUGCUCUUUGCAUGGCCAAGACUUCAUUGGCUCGAGAUGAGAGCAGAAACAUUCGUCGGCACUCUCCUCGAACGUGGUGCUGACGCUACUGUGGUUGAUAACGAUGGAGCUACGCCUCUUCACAGCACAGAAUCUGUCGCCUAUGAGGGAGUAAUCAAGGCGCUCGUAAAUUCUGGCUGUGAUAUUAACGCGCAACGGAAACAAGACGGCUUGACGGCUCUGAUGUGUACAGCAAUGCAGCAAAACCAUGAGGAUCCGGCCCUCUUCCACGAAUUGAAGGCGGAUUUCGACCGACAAGAUUGGCUCGGAAAUACAGCUCUCCAUCACAACUUCAUGAGAACUCCGGCUGGUAAGGACUGCUUCGCGGACACGUGGCUGGUACAUUCAAAUUUGAGGAUACAAAACCAUCUUGGCAGAACUCCUCUCCAUGCAUUCAUGUAUCGACUUGCUGGGAAAGUCAAGGGCAUGACAAAAAAAGAUUUCGAACCUCUGCUCGAGAUUAUCAAUCACGGUUCCUCGCUUGAAAGUCGGGAAGGAUUCGGACGGACAGCUCUUCUAGUCGCGCUGACGAAUACCACUGGUGAUUCCUUGAAGCUAGUGGAGGAGUUACUGCGACUCGGAGCGGAUGCUCAAGCAAAAGACUAUGAAGGCAAAUCUGGUAAGUUUUCAUUAUUUCUGUCUUGUACCACUUGA